UUGUUUUCUCGGCGAGUUUUAGUUUCUGGUAGUUUCUCAACAAGUACAAGUUGUAGCACUUAUUAGCAUUAUUUUUUAAGACAGGGUAAUUAAAUAACAUGUAGCUAACAGUACAGCUACAUUCAGCAAAUUAUAUGUCCGUCGAUCCUUAACCGGAUGCUCAUCCGUUUGGCUUUGUGGUAAGCAAGUGCAAUAAACAAACAACUACCCACAAAGCUAAAGCUAGACUCAUGUCUCAUACAUAUGGAUACAGAUAGAGGUGUACCUAAUAAUGUAGCACAUUUUAUACGAUUUAGGGACACUUCAAUUUAUGCCAAUGUAUUGUAAACGCUACAUGGAGGGACGUAAUGACAGGCUUUACAGAAUAAAAAGGUUUGAUCAUGUUCUUGAGUAUAAUGUCUUUGUUCUUAAUACAGAGUAAAAACAAAGACUUAUGUUUUCUUAUCUGCAAUGGUUAUUAUAUUGUCAAAUUUAUACUCGUUUUGAGAUAUUUUUAUAAUUAUUUUCUAUUAUUUUUACUUAGGCACGUUUAGAUAGCGAUUUUAAAAAUGCUUUAUGGCUCCAUAAAGAAAUUAUUACUAAGUGAGUAUAGUGAAUUAGAUGAUACAGUUUUAGUUGAAAGUCCCUUUGCAGAAGUGACGAGGGACGGUAAAAGAAUAUUGCGGUUAGUACAGCUUGGUUUAACCUCAAAAGCUUUUAUUAUUGCCUCGGAGCAAGAUCUUACUGGGAGAAACACUACAACAAGUGAUGGCAUUCCAUUGUGCCGGGAGUCUAGUAUUAUAGAAAUAUUAUCUUUGUAUCCACUGGAAUCUAUCAAGCUGUCUGUCUUUAAAAGAAGUAAAAAGCAGUCACUAAAAGUCGGGUUUGCCAACAAAAAGUUUAGGUAUUUCGAAUUAAGGGAAAUGCCUAAAAAGAAGAUAUUUUUCAAAGUGUGGUGCAUACAUAUCAAAGAGUUAAAUAGCUCACACAAAAAGUGGCCUUUUUGUAUUACUACUUAUUUAAAGAGUCCUAGAAAGAAACAACAACGACCUCAGGAUUGUGUUGAAUUGCAUUUCGUUAAACAUAGCAAUCGGGUAAAUCGGUACAAAUGGACUGAUAAGUAUUUAUAUUUGGGAUCUCAAAGGGAGACUGAAGAUAAAGUAAGACCCGUACCUGUGCCUGGAUUAGGACGAGCAGAAGAGAUCAAACUUUUGUACCUUAAACCUCGAUAUUUUGGGUGUUGGGAGCAAUCAGAACAUUGGGUCCAGUGCGGUGAUAGCACAUUAGAAAUCAAUCAGAACGAAUGAUUUUGAUUCAUCUUAAGAUACUAAUUGCAUAAAAAGUACCUAGGUAAGAAUUUCAGGAAAGAGUAGGUAUUAACAAUACGUUCGGUAAGACCCAGUCAUAUUUACAAAUAUCACUCUAUAGGGAAUAGAAUGCAAGAUAAACUCCAAAAAAGAUAAAAAAUAUUAAAUAUGGCUCUUUCUUUGGCAAAGAGACUUGACUUGCACUGUUAGCCACAAUUUAUCUUCUUCAGGUCUUCAAGACAGAUGUAUACAUGAUGAAUUCUACUGACCAACCUUCACUAAGUACUUUAUUCAUAAAUAAUAGUUUCAGAGAACAUUUGCUCUUACAUAAUCUUUAUUUACUUACAUGUAAAUUAAUGUCUGAUCCAAUCGUAAGUUGGUCAACUAUGUAAAUG